GCAUGUUAUGACGCACCUAGACUUUCUCCAGUUCCUCCUGAAGGAUGGGUCCCAAUACCUGCCUUGGAAUCGGGCCAAGGAAAUCUGGGACACGCUAGUCACCAAUGCAGAUGCUUGUAGCUCAGACCGAGAGAUGUGCUUUGAGUGGUUUGAAAGUGCCUUCCAGACCUGGAGUCAGAGACCCAGUCACUGCUGUUUCAGCACAAGUUGCUCAAGAUGGACCCCUCCCAAGUCAGCUCGAAAGCGUUUUCAUGUUUCAAGACUUACUUUGAGCACGUAAACAUCCAUGAGAGCAAGCUCAAGAAGCGACCUGGUAUCUUGAUAGUGGAGAAGCUGGAGCUGUCGGGGAUUGACUUCCUGUGGCAGAUAUCACUGGCUGCACCUGAGGAGGAGAUUGCCGAGUUAGCCAUCGACUUUAUUCUCGACCUCUCCUAUAAGUUCCUCUCUCCAAGGCUCAAAAAGAUGCAGGGUGUUUUGUGA